AUGCACGACACCGAUUUCCUAGAACAGGUUCAGCAACUGGUAGCGCAGCUCGAGAAGGGCUUGCCGAAGGCUUCGGUCCCGGUGGUGCAGGAAGCAAGCGGAGUAUCGAUUCAACUUGAACUGCCCAUGCCAUACAAAGAGCAGUGCCUGGCUAGCCUUUCGGCAUACAAUCUUGCCGACGACCGUAAGACUGCUCUGUCCCUCGUUUAUCACGAGCACAUCUGCAGCCUGGGUAGAGCGUACCACACGAGAUACUCUGAUGCUGUUACCGGUCUCCGGCACAUGGGGGAGACAGAUGGAUCCUUCUUCGAAGCUUUCAAAACCUCACUACAGCACAGCAAGGCCAAUCGUGGACAUGACUCGGACGCGGUGCGCAUCCUGGAGCAAGCCUUCCAGCACACGCCCAACAUCACGCAAGCGGAAAAGUAUCGACUGGCCGAAGUCACCGGCCUCCAGCCCAAGCAAGUGACCAUCUGGUUCCAAAACCGGCGCAACCGCAAGGGGAGGAAAGGCGCCAAGGCUGCCAAAAACUCCCACGCUCGAGUCACCGCACGGGCCCAAUCGCCCAACGACUGCUUCUCACCCCCUCGCGACUUCACGCUCAACGAGAAGAAACGCAAGUCGUACGGCGCGCUGGGCGUCGCGUCUUCGUCCAGCUCGGACUCGGACAGCGAUGAGGGUUUUCUCAAGAAGCCGCGUCUUCCACGCGCGCACUCUGGCCUUAGCGACGCCUCGACUUCAUCGAGCGCACACACCGCUUCGUUCAUCGCAUGGAGCUCGCCAUCGUCGCGAUCGACGUCGUCGUCGUCGGUAUCCAGCAGCCCGAGCGACUGCUUCGACAGCCCGGGCAAGGCGCACAAUGUGUUCAGGCUGCUCAAUCCGCUCAAGUACGAUGCGCGCGCCAAGCAGGACAUGCCCGCCGUCACCAUGGCGACGCCAUCGCUCGUGCCGUACCACCGCGCCGAGGACCGUUCGCCCUUUAGCAGCGAUGUGGCGAAUGGCGGCGUGUAUGGCGGGGCGCAGAAGCUGCAAUUUGCCCGCAAGGCGAUGCAGCACGAGAUGGACUUUGGCGGUCUGCAGUUUGAUGCCGAUGCGAUGGGCAAGGACCUGUGCGAGAGCGUUCAGAGGGUCCUCGAGAUGAACUUUAGCUCGCUCGCGGACAGGAGCGUGUCCGACAGCUCGUGGGGGUCGGUGAUGCAGGGCGCGACGGAUGACGACGGAUGGGUCGACGACGACGAGCCCGGCGUCAGCACUACUCCGAGCGACAACGUGCUACCUCAGCAAGCGACUGCAGCUGCACAGCCUCAGACCGCACCCGGUGUGAUGCAGUUCGGCAACGAAGCAGCCGCCACCUCGCCAUCCAUCCACUCCGCAGCUGCGACUACAGCACCCUGGACCACGCAGGCUUGUGCUGUGUACAACGGCAAUAUGGGCGGCAACAACGUGCUCUCGGGCUCCAACGACGAGCCGAUCCUCCAUCACUUCUUCGAACCCGCCACGCACGCUCCCGCACCGCCCUCAUACGCGCCGUACCAGCAGACCUCGCCGCAGCAACCCAUCCCGGCUGCCAGCACGACACCCAUCGCCAACGCCAACGCGUUCCUCGACUUUGAAGUCGAGAUGGCCGACCUCGACGACUUGCUCAGCUCGUUCGUCCAGCCUGCCGUCCCUGCUCCCAAUGCCGCCGCCGAGGUGGGUGCUGGAGCGCAGGUUGCGCAGCAGCAACCCGCCGAGUUCUACCUCAACUUCGACCUCUCCCCGCAAAUGUUUCGCGCAGCAUAG